AUGCUGCGCUACUCCGUAUUGUCAAGCCAGACUCGGCUGCUGUCUAGAUAUUAUGCAGACCCAAAAAUUGGUCAGCCAACAAGCCCAACGCCAGUUUCGCCCGAAUCGCAGUCGGUAAUCCCCCCCGAGACUGUUCACUCGGCUGCAUCGUCACCAACUGGGCAGACUCAAACAUCUCCCCCUUCAUCUAUACAACCUCCUCAGCCCCCUGUGGAGGACUCUAGCAACUCCCCAAUCACUCCUCCUCCGCCUCCAGCGCCCCGGAAAACUGGCCGCUUUAGGCGAUUUUUGCUAUACCUCAUUCUUUCAUCAGGUCUGGGCUAUGGAGGAGGCGUUUUUCUAUCGUUGAAGUCGGACAACUUCCACGACUUCUUCACAGAAUAUGUUCCGUAUGGCGAGCAAUCCGUUCUCUACUUUGAGGAACGCGAUUUCUACCGCCGUUUCCCCCACGCCACAAGUCACGCCAACCGUCUUCCUCCAGUACACAAAGAAGAAUCGCAAAAAAUCACCAUUCCAAGCAAGAGCGGACUGUCGUGGAAGGUUUCGGAUGAAUCUAAUGACGGUGCUGAUUUAACUCAGAAGGGUCGCCACAAUAGUGCUGUUGAGUCGUCCAAGGCCAAGGCAAGCCAAGUCUCGAAGCCAAAAGAGGAGCCUACUCAGCCAAAGCCAGCACCCAAGGAAGAACCCAGAACCCCAGCCAUUCCUACCACAACCACUCUUGAACUGAUCAAGGUUCCGCAGGCUGAUGAGCCAGUGGUUCAAGAACUCGUGAGAGUAUUCAACGAUAUAAUCACCGUUAUCAGCGCUGACGAGGGAGCUACUGGCAAAUACUCAGCACCCAUCGCCAGAGUCCGCACAGAACUGGAGAGCAUCGGAGAAAAGAUUGUAUCUCUCCGCACCGAUGCUCAGAAAGAGGCCAAGGAAGAGGUUGAGAAGGCACACGCGCUCUUUGACGAAUCAGCCCAAAAGCUUAUGCGUCAAAUUGAGGAAGCUCGCGCUGCCGAGGCCGCCCAAUUCCGAGAGGAGUUCGAAUCUGAACGGGAGAAAUUGGCUCGCGCUUAUCAGAACAAAAUCCAAACAGAACUUGCAAGGGCACAAGAACUGGCGGAGCAACGUCUGAAAAAUGAGCUCGUGGAGCAAGCAAUUGAAUUGAACCGAAGGUUCCUGAAUGACGUCAAGGAAUUGGUGGAACGAGAACGUGAUGGUCGUUUGAGCAAGAUCAGCGAGUUGACCGCCAACGUCAAUCAGCUUGAAAAGCUCACUUCAGACUGGAGCGAUGUUAUUGAAAGCAACCUCAAGACCCAGCAACUACAGGUCGCCAUAGACUCGGUUCGCACGGUUCUCGAGAGUGCUACUGUCGCUAAACCUUUUGUUCGCGAACUCGUUGCUGUAAAGGAGCUUGCUGGUGAUGAUGCGGUUGUGGCCGCGGCCAUUGCUUCUAUCAACCCUACUGCCUACCAACGCGGUAUUCCUACGACAUCCCAGAUUAUUGACCGCUUCCGUCGUGUUGCCGGCGAGGUUCGCAAAGCCAGUCUCCUGCCCGAGGAUGCCGGCAUUGCCAGCCAUGCUGCCAGCUUCGUCUUGAGCAAGGUCAUGUUCAAACGCGACGGUUCAGCGGACGGCGAUGAUGUGGAGAGCGUUCUGGUGCGGACCGAAAGCUUGUUGGAGGAAGGUAACAUUGAUGGUGCAGCCCGUGAAAUGAAUACGCUUCAAGGCUGGGCCAAGAUCCUGAGCAAGGACUGGCUUGCAGAUGUGAGGCGCGUGCUUGAAGUAAAGCAGGCUCUGGAGGUGAUGGAGACAGAGGCUCGCCUGCAAUGCCUCAGAGUCGAGUCCUGA